AUGAUGGAUAUGGGUACUAAUGGUCAUGGUGGCUACUGUCACGACCUCUGUCCUACUGUGGCAGUGAAGGCUUUCCGUCUUACGUCUGAGACCGUCAGUCCCUAUAUCUGGGCGAGAGAUGGGGAAAGGCUUGAGGCUAAAACAGUUCAGGGCGCGGUAUGGGAUCAGACCCUACCCUUCCUUACCGGCGGCCAUAUUGAACGCCAAAAGUACACACAUUUUCCCGAAUUUGGAUGCUGA